AUGCCGCCCAAGAAGAAGGGCAACAAGAAGGCCAACGAUGAUUGGGAGGCCGAGCUCGGCGAGCAAAUCGCACCCGCAGCUGAGCCCAACGGUGCCGCCCCGCCCGCCGAGAAUGUCGAUGCUCCCGCUGAAGAGGAGGAGACCGGCGGCGGUGGUGGUCUCAUGGGUCUGAUGCGCAAGAAGAAAGAUAAAAGGAAGAAGCAAGGCCUGUCCGAGGACUUUGUGGAGGGCGAAGACCCAUCAGGAAACGCCCAAGCCCCCCAAGAGGCCACCAUGGAUGACGAGUUUGCAGAGCCGGUGAAGAAGGGCAAGGGUGGGAAGGAUAAGGCUGCUCCCGCCCCAGCCGCUGAUGCAGGCGAUGGUGAGGAUGGAGGCGGCAGGGUCAAGACAAAGGCCGAGAAGGAGAGGGAAAAGAAAGAACGUGAGAAGCAGCGAAAGAAGGAACAGGCCGCCAAGAAGAAGGCUUCCGGUCCCGCAAAGGCUGAGCCGGCGAAGGCUGCUGCCCCUGAAAAGAAGGAAGCAGCCCCCACGCCAGCAGCCGCGCCCGCCGCCGACGCUGGUGGCAAGAAGAAGAAGAUACCCGCUCACCUCUUGGCUAUCCAGAAGCAGCAAGAGGAGCUAAGGAGACGCCAGGAGGAGGCCGAGAGACGUGCCGCAGAGGAGAAGGCGAGGAUAGAAGAGGAGGAGCGCAGGGAGGCCGAGGAGGCCAAGCGUAGGGAGGAGAUGAAGGCGCUGAAAAAGCAGAAGGAAAAGGAGAAGAUUGAGCAGCUCAAGAAAGAGGGCAAGUUCCUGACUAAAGCACAGAAGGAGGCUAGGGCACGCAACGAAGCCAAGCUGCAACAGAUGAUCGCUGCAGGUAUCAAAGUCGGCGCUCUGGACGAGAGUGGUGAGGCUUCUGAGAAAAAGGAAAAGAAGACCGACAACAAGAAGAGCAAGAAGAAGGCAGAAAAGGUCGACGAAGAUAAAAUUCUUGCCGAGGCUGCUGAACGCGCCAGGCAGCAAGCCGAGGCUGAGCUCAAGGCAGCCGAAGAGAAGGCCCGCUUGGCCAAGGAAAAGGCCGAAAAGGAAGCUGCCGAGAAGAAGGCGGCCAGCAAGGUCGACAGCGACCUCGAGGACGACUGGGAGGCGGCGGCGGCAGAGGAGGAUGACGACCUCAAAGAAAGCUGGGAUGCCGAUUCUGACGAGGAAGCUGCCAAGAAGAAGAAGAAGCCUGAUGAGAAGGCAGAUGCCAAGGCGGAUGAGGAUGGCUCGGAUGCUGACGAGGAGACCGAGGAGGACUCGGAAGACGACUCUGAAGAAUCCGAAGACGAAAGAGAAACGGCCGCCCAGGCAGCUGAGAACCAGCGUAAACGGGAGGCAGCAGAGAGGCGAGAGAAGGCACACCAGGCGGCUUUGGCAGCGCGAUCCAAGGACAACUUGCGGUCACCAAUUUGCUGUAUUCUGGGCCACGUCGACACUGGAAAGACAAAGCUUCUGGACAAGAUCCGUCAGACAAACGUCCAAGAGGGUGAAGCUGGUGGUAUCACACAGCAAAUCGGCGCCACAUACUUCCCUGCCGAUGCCAUCAAAGCAAAGACGGCUGUUGUCAACAAGGAUGGCAGCUUCGAGCUCAAAGUACCUGGUCUCCUUAUCAUCGACACACCCGGUCACGAGUCUUUCUCCAACUUGCGGUCUCGUGGAUCAUCGCUCUGCAACAUCGCCAUCUUGGUUGUUGAUAUCAUGCACGGAUUGGAGCCCCAGACACUAGAGUCGAUGCGCAUGCUCCGUGAGCGCAAGACGCCCUUCAUCGUGGCUCUCAACAAAAUCGAUAGGUUGUACGGAUGGAAGAAGAUCGACAACAACGGUUUCCAAGAGUCAUUGGCACUGCAGCCCAAGAGUGUGCAGAACGAGUUCAAGAACCGUCUCGACCAGACCAAACUCGCUUUUGCCGAGCAGGGAUUCAACGCCGAACUCUUCUACGAGAACAAGUCGAUGGCCAAGUUUGUGUCUCUGGUGCCCACCUCUGCCCACACGGGUGAGGGUAUUCCUGACAUGCUCAAGCUGAUCCUGCAGCUCACCCAGGAGCGCAUGGUUGGCUCGCUGAUGUAUCUGUCUGAGGUCCAGGCAACGGUUCUGGAAGUCAAGGCCAUUGAGGGUUUCGGAAUGACCAUUGAUGUUAUCUUGAGCAACGGUAUCCUUCGCGAGGGUGACCGUAUUGUGCUCUGUGGUACAGAAGGAGUCAUCAAGACCAACAUCAGAGCGCUGCUAACACCAGCACCUAUGAAGGAGUUGCGUCUCAAGUCGGCCUAUGUGCACAACAAGGAGGUCAAGGCCGCAUUGGGUGUCAAGAUCAGUGGUCCUGGUCUGGAAGGUGCCAUCGCUGGUUCACGAAUGCUUGUUGUCGGUCCGGACGAUGACGAAUCUGACUUGGAAGAGGAGGUCGAGUCGGAUCUGGCUCAUUUGUUCAGCCGUGUCGCCAAGUCUGGUCGUGGUGUCAGUGUGCAAGCCUCGACUCUUGGUUCGCUCGAGGCCUUGCUUGACUUCUUGAAGGACUGCAAGAUUCCCGUGGCCAACGUCGGUAUCGGCCCGGUGUAUAAGCGUGAUGUCAUGCAGUGUGGUAUCAUGCUCGAGAAGGCACCAGACUAUGCUGUCAUGCUCUGCUUCGACGUCAAGGUCGACAAGGAGGCAGCUCAAUAUGCUGAAGAGCAGGGCAUCAAGAUUUUCACGGCGGACAUCAUCUACCACCUUUUCGAUGCCUUUACCAAGCAUCAAGCUGAACAGCUGGAGAAGAAGAAGGAGGAGGCCAAGCUCUUGGCCGUCUUCCCUUGUGUUCUCAACCCUGUUGCCGUAUUCAACAAGACUGGACCUAUAGUCGUCGGUGUCGAUGUUGUUGAGGGCCAGCUCCGGGUUGAUACACCCAUAGCAGCUGUCAAGACGAACCCGGUCACUGGCGCCAAGGAGAUCAUAAGCAUGGGCCGAGUUUCAUCCAUUGAGCGUGAUCACAAGGCCAUGCCAGUUUGUAAAAAGGGACAGCCUUCGGUGGCCGUCAAGAUUGAGAUGGGUGGCCAUCAGCCUACGUACGGCCGACAGCUAGAGGAGAAGGACGUGCUAUACAGUCUUAUCUCUCGUGCCAGUAUUGACUGUCUGAAGGACUUUUACCGUAAAGACGUGUCGAACGACGAGUGGUUGCUUAUCAAGAAGCUCAAGCCGCUGUUCGACAUUCAUUAG